CGCUCCAGUUGGACAUCUACUCUCUCGUCCUUUGAGAUUUUUGGGGCGGGGGAUUCCUCAAAGCUCGUUUUGGACUGAGACAAAAAGAAUUUUUAUUCUUUCGAAGUCUCUUUACAUUAGUGAGAAAUCUUUAACGUUUUCUUUUCGACUUUUCGAAAAUUAGUACAGGCUGAUUUUGGAGAAGGGGCUCUUAAAUUUUUUAGAAUCAAAUUGUCAGCCCCGAAGUCCACUCAGCCUAGGGAAAGCGAAAUAUUCUCAACUUAACCGAAAAGGUUAAAUCUUUCUUUGGCAAUCCAAAGAGAUUUAUUCGUUGUCUCCCUUAUUGCCCGAGUGAACCAAGCCUAACCAUGGUGAUGUUCAAGAAAAUCAAGACUUUCGAGGUGGUCUUCAGCGACCCCGACAAGGUCUACUGCAGUGGGGAGAAGGUGGCUGGCCGGGUGGUGGUCGAGGUGUGCGAGGUGACCCGGGUCAAAUCCGUCAGGAUCCUGGCUUGCGGAGUGGCCAAAGUCCUGUGGAUGCAGGGCUCGCAGCAGUGCAAGCAGGCGAUGGAGUACCUGCGCUACGAGGACACGCUGCUGCUGGAAGACCAGCCCGCAGCUAAUGAUGAGUCCGUGAUCCUGAGACCUGGAAAUAUAUAUGAGUACAAGUUCGGCUUUGAACUUCCUCAGGGACCUCUGGGAACCUCAUUCAAGGGGAAGUAUGGCUGUGUAGACUAUUGGGUAAAGGCUUUCCUUGACCGCCCCAGCCACCCAACUCAGGAAACUAAGAAAUACUUUGAAGUGAUGGAUCCAGUGGAUGUCAAUACCCCUGAUUUGAUGGCACCUGUGUCUGCCAAGAAGGAGAAGAAGGUUUCUUGCCUGUUUAUUCCUGAUGGGAGAGUAUCUGUCUCUGCCCGGAUUGACCGAAAAGGAUUUUGUGAAGGUGAUGAAAUCUCUAUCAAUGCUGACUUUGAGAAUACUUGUUCCCGCAUUGUUGUGCCCAAGGCUGCUAUUGUUGCCCGCCACACUUACCUUGCCAAUGGCCAGACCAAGGUGUUGACCCAAAAGCUGUCCUCUGUUCGAGGCAACCAUAUCAUUUCUGGCACCUGCGAAUCAUGGCGUGGCAAAAGCCUUCGUGUACAGAAGAUUAAACCCUCCAUCCUUGGCUGCAACAUCCUUCGGGUUGAAUACUCUUUAUUGAUUUAUGUCAGUGUCCCUGGAUCUAAGAAAAUCAUCCUUGAUCUACCCCUAGUCAUUGGCAGCAAGUCAGGACUCAGUAGCCGCACAUCUAGCAUGGCUAGCCGAACCAGCUCUGAAAUGAGUUGGGUGGAUCUAAACAUCCCUGACACCCCAGAAGCACCUCCUUGCUACAUGGAUAUCAUUCCUGAAGAUCACAGACUGGAGAGCCCAACCACUCCUCUCCUUGAUGAUAGCUCUCUGGACAGCCCCAUCUUUAUGUAUGCAUCUGAGUUCAAGUUUAUGCCUCCACCCACUUAUACUGAGGUGGAUCCCUGCAUUGUCAACAACAACGUGCAGUGAAUGAACCAAAGAAGAGAAGCAGAAAUUAUUUACCUGUUUCUUUCUGUCUUUCCUUGACUCGCUUUUUCAGAAGCAUGAUGGUCUCUGCCCACUGUGGGGACGGGUUCACCUUCAUCUCUGUCUCCCUGAUGUUAAAAGAUCAGCAGGCAAUCAUGUUUUAAAACAGACGCCAAAGUGCGUCAACUCUCUCAGCCAGUCUUGCUGUUGUUUCAUAGAGGAUGUUGGCUGGUUUGUGGAAGAUUUGGACUCUUGUGACUGACCUCUUUGUUCAGAAUUCCCCUGAAUUAUGAGGGGUUUUCAGUAGUUUGGAUUCAGGAUUGGGAUAGCCUCUAGAUUGGUCUUCCCAAUUCUGGGAAUCACAAAAUUUGGCUUCUGGGGAGCCAGACAAAGGUGAUUUAAUGAGCUGGGAAAACAUUUUAUAGAAAUAAUGGCCAAAUGUUUGGUGGGAAGAAGAGGCGCCUGAAAUCAGUAUAGCCCUUCCCACGUAUCCUCUCACUCUAUAGAUGUUUAAAGGUGCUCCCAGUUCUUGUAGAAAUUUUUUCUGUUGAAAGAGAAGUGAUCCACUUCACUUCUCAUGACACAUUAUCCUUGUUUCAAAGCAAAGGCAAACAGACCCCUUGAGAGGGAGGCUGGUGAAAGCCUGUGGCUAAGCACUUUGUUCUUCCUCUUAGGAGGUUUUCUUAAAGAGUUUGGGUUCAGUGUUGGUAGGAGGAGGAAGGCACAAAAUAUCUUCAAAACUCCUUUGGAGUUAGUUCUGAAGUAUUGUUCUUAGCACUUUUAUUCUUUUGUUUUCUGUUGGGGAUUUUCCUCCUAGUCCCUAAGCAUUAAACUUAAAAAGAUCCUCUUUGUUUCUGGGGUGGGCAGGAGAAAAUUGAUGGUUUUUGUCAUUACCAGUAGCUUCCCAAGAGUAGAUUGAAUACUGACCACAGUACUUAAUAAGUAAGGGGCCUUCCAGUCCCCUGCCCAGUAAACUGACUACCAAAACACUUCCAAAGCUGGGAUUGAAGAGUGCUGAAAGAACAUCUUAGGAAGCAAAUCAGAAUCCUGCAUUUUUUCCACCCUUGAAUACGCUCCCAGUGUUAGGAGUUUUAAAUAACUCCUUUCCUCCUUAUCCUUCCGCUACUCAAUGAAUUGUCCUAAGCAAUCAGCACUUUCUCUACUGUCUUGUGUCAAAGCACUGAGCCCCACUCUUUUAUCUGUGAACUGUACAACUAGAAAAUGAACUGAAAGUGGUUUUGGUUUGAUUUUUUAAAAUGUGUAUCUUUUUGUAUGUUAAAAAUUAUAUUUUGUACUUUUAUCAGAGAUAUUUUCAACUCCUUGGCGGAGUUCUUGUUUUUUUUUAAAUAAAAAUAAAAUUAAACUGAAAAGUU